ACAACACAACACAACAUGCAACAGCAAAGACAGGCAAUGGCUGGACAGCUACAAGGGCCCAUGGAUGUUCUCAUCAGGUUGAAGACGGGAAACUACCAAAAAGCUGGCACUACCGAGAAGGUGUCUAUCAAACUUGUUGGCUCCAACGGUGGGGAAUCUGACGACCUAAACAUACCGGGGAAACAUCACCGAAGAGGGAAAGAGGAAAAGCAUAAGCUUAGAAGUGUUCUAGUGCCCCAAGAAGUUGAAGAGAUGAAGUUAUCGCUAAGUGACAGCAGCGACCCCGAAGAAAGUUGGUUCUGCAGUUCCCUCUCGGUCCAGUUUGAACCAAAGAACAACGGGCCGACGUACUACUUCCCCGUGAAUCGCUGGAUCAAACCAGGUACCUCUGUGUGGCUGGUUCCCGGAGGUUGUGUCCUCCCUCAGGAUGACAAGCAUCCGGACCAGAGGGAGCGUGAGCUCAAUGUGAUGCGGGAGCGCUACGCCUCCGAACCCCCCGUGCCAGGCCUUCUGCCAAUGGUGAAGGACCUACCCGCAGAGGCGAAGUUUACAAUAAAGGAACUGCACGACAUGUUAAAGUCGGCGAUGGCACUUGGAUUGCCGGGGUUCAUCAAACAGAUGAUAGCCGGUGAGGAGGACGGCCCAUGGGAAUCCUUCGACAGCAUAAGCCAAAUCUUUCCAGCGGACAAAGUGCCGAAGGGGCUGACUGAUUGGGAUGAGGACAAAUAUCUUACGGACGAGACCUUCGGCCGACAGCGCCUAGUAGGCACCAACCCUACAUCCAUCCGUCGUCUGUGCACGGAGAUUCCAACGGGGUUUGGAGUGACGGCUGAAAUGGUUGAGCCUUUCCUGGAAGACCUGAGGCUGGAAGAUGCCAUCCAGGGUAAGCGGCUGUACUACGUGGAUCACACCAUCAUGGCGAUCACCAACAUGGCCAACACCACGAAGCCCGGGCCGAUGUGCGCUCCAUUCGGACUGUUCUUCGUCAAUGACAAUGAGGACCUCGUACCGGUGGCCAUCCAACUGUACCCUAAUGAAGAGGGAGAACAACACCCAGUGUUCCUGCCGAGUGACCCAACCUACACGUGGCUCCUGGCCAAGAUGUGGUUCAACUGCGCAGAUGCGAACUAUCAUGAGGCCGUGGCUCACCUUGGUUUCACGCAUCUUUUUGUGGAGGCCUGCAACCUGGCAGCCAAGCAGAACCUGUCCAUCUCCCACCCGAUGCACCGUCUCCUACUGCCGCACUUUAUCUUCCUGUUCGCCAUCAACCAUCUGGGCCUGAAUUAUUUGGUCAACGAAGGCGGCGCUUUUGAUACAGUUACACAAAUUGGAGCCAAUGGAACCUUUAAGCUUAUAGGGGAAAGGGUGAAAACUUGGCGUCUCGAUACAGAUGGCACUCUGCCUAAAGACCUGGAAAGCCGUGGCGUUGACAACGCAGACGAUCUGCCCAAGUACUACUAUCGUGACGAUGCCUUGCCCAUCUAUGAGGUUAUCAAGAAACAUGUCACCAAAGUUGUGGAAUACUUCUAUACUCCUGAUGGAAACCCAACCAAACUGACGAAGGAUAAUGAGAUUCAGAAUUUUGCGAGGGCUCUCGUUGACUGUGGAAUCAAGGGGGUUCCUGGAAACGGAAGUUUGUCCAACGUGAAUCAGCUGAUCCAGAUCCUGACCUCCAUCAUCUUCACCGCCAGUGUGCAGCACGCAGCCGUCAACUUCAUGCAGUGGGACCAGUACGCCUUCGUACCCAACAUGCCGCUCGCGCUGGAGGGAGAUCCUCCGAAAAACAAGGACCCUCUGACAGAACAAGACGUCCUAGACCAACUGCCUGGGAAGUACCAAACUGUGCACGCCGAACUGCUGACAGGAGUCCUGAGUGAGCGCUCCACACAGCCUCUUGGGGACUUUGAGGUCGAGUACCUCCAAGGGCCAAAGGCUGAAGGAGUCUUUGAGACAUUCAACGAUGAAUUGGACAAAAUCGCAGACGACAUCGAUCGCAAGAACUCUACUGAGCGUGCCCAUCCGUACGACUACCUGAACCCUCGUGAGAUUCCCAACGCCAUCAGCAUCUAACUGCUCAGUUCACAUCAGCAGGUUUCUGCAAGAUGCAAAUAUUCCUUUUCUGCAAUUGGAAACUGAGAACGUUCAUUUAUACAGUAAAUUCUGCAGUUCUGUAAUGCAUAAGCUACAUAACAAUGUUUUAAAAGCUUAAUAUGCUCUUUGAAGAAGCUGUAGAGCUUAGUCAGGGUGAAAGUUUGUAACCUAACGUUUGGAAUGUUUACAACAAUA